AACCAAACGACGUACUUGACUCCACUUACGUUUUGAGCUACCAAAGUCAAACUCUCUCUCUCUCCCAAAAAAGCCGAUGCGGUAAACAAAAGCCGAAGAGAAUUCCAAAUUCCAAACCAAACGACGUACUUGACUCCACUUACGUUUUGAGCUACCAAAGUCAAACUCUCUCUCUCUCUCUCUCUCUCGGAGAGUAGUAUAUGCAAAUUCUCGCCAUGAGCGUCGACGGCGGUUCUGCGCCGCCACCGUUGACCACCGUGGCGGUGGCCGUAAAGGGCGGCCGCGGCGGUGACGGAGGCAGAGGAAGCCGUCGAGCUGUCCGGUGGGCGGCGGAGAAUCUGAUGCCUAAAGCUGAUCGUAUCGUCCUUAUUCACGUCAUGCCUGCCAUCACUACAAUCCCAACUCCUUCUGGAGACAGUAUACCCAUUGAGGAAUUGGAUGCAAAUGUGGUACGAAUGUUUGUGCAUGACAUGAAACUAAAGUUUGAAGAGAUCUUUAUACCAUUUAAGAAACUAUGCAAAACAAGAAAGAUCGAAACUUUGGUGCUGGAAGGUGAUAAUCCCGCAUCAUCACUUCUUAAAUAUAUUACUGACUUGGGUAUAAGAAGUUUGGUGUUAGGCUCUUGCUCUUCCUACUGUUUCACGAGGAAGCUAAAAAACUCCAGUGUGCCAUCGGUAGUUCUGAAACAUGCUCCUGAAACUUGUGAAGUUUAUGUUGUGUCAAGACGUAGGCUCAUCACAACUUGUUCCAACCACUUGUCAACUAGUGAAAACAACUCUAGACAUUGCUUGUUCACUCAAAGAGAGCGUGGUUCACUUAAAAUUAUUAAGUUGAAACCUGACCUUUAUUCUUUGUCGACUGAGACGUUUGGAGCAUCAUCAGUGUCAGAUCUUAGUCAACUGAACUCUAAAGCAAUUGUAAGACAGAGCUCUCCAGGUCAUUCUAGCGCACUUCCUGAAAAAAAUCGUCAAAUGUUGGAAAAUAAUAACCUGGAAAUUCAGACAGUAAAGGGAUCCCCGUCUGUGGCUUCUAUAGACACAAAGCAGUCAGACGUGCAGGCUGAAGUAGAACAACUGCGUCUAGAAUUAGAGAGCACUGUUUCCAUGUACAAUCGAGCUUGUGAGGAUCUUGUCCAUGCCCAAAACAAGGUUCGCCUGCUUUCUACUGAAUGCCUUGAAGAAGCAAGACAAGUAAAUGCUGCACUGAAAAGAGAAGAAGUUUACAGGAAAAUUGCUGCCGAAGAGAAAGAGAAGCAUUCGGAAGCUGUGAAGGAGGUUGAGAUGGCAAGAAAUCUGCUUGCUAAAGAGGCUUACGAAAGGCAGAUAGCAGAAUUGAAAGCCCUCAAAGAAUCUUUGGAGAAACAGAAAAUUGCUGAUGCACUCUUUACAAAUGACAGAAGGUACAAACGAUACACGAGGGAUGAAAUAGAGAUUGCCACUGAUUUCUUCUCUGAUACUAAGAUGAUCGGUGAAGGAGCAUACGGGAAAGUUUACAGAUGUAGCCUUGAUAACACACCAGUAGCUGUCAAAAUUCUCCAGCCUGGUGCAUCAGACAAGAAACAGGAGUUUUUGAGAGAGGUCGAAGUUCUUAGCCAGCUACGCCAUCCACAUAUUGUUUUACUGCUUGGUGCCUGUCCGGAGACCGGUUGCUUGGUUUAUGAAUAUAUGGAAAAUGGUAGCCUAGAGGAUCAUAUUUUCAACAGAAACAGUGGGCAUCCCCUUCCUUGGUUUGUUCGAUUCCGGAUAGCAUUUGAAGUAGCUUGUGGACUUGCAUUCUUACACAACUCAAAACCAGAGCCUAUUGUUCAUCGAGAUCUAAAACCAGGAAACAUUCUUUUGAACAGAAAUUAUGUGAGCAAAAUUGGCGACGUGGGUUUGGCAAAACUUAUUUCAGACGUUGUGCCCGACAACAUCACAGAAUACAGGGACUCCAUUCUUGCUGGUACUCUUUACUAUAUGGAUCCAGAAUAUCAAAGAACUGGCACGGUCCGAACCAAAUCAGAUCUAUAUGCUUUUGGAAUCAUUACCCUCCAAUUGCUGGCUGCAAAACAUCCAAAUGGGCUUUUAUUGAAAGUUGAAAAUGCGAUUGCCAAUGGUUCCUUAUCUGAGAUACUGGACAAGUCUAUACCAGAUUGGCCACUUCAGGAAGCUGAGGAACUAGCUCAGGUGGCCCUGAAAUGCUCCAGACUUCGAUGCAGAGAAAGGCCGGAUCUUGAAACUGAAGUUCUGCCAGUUUUGAAGAAACUUGUUGAUAUCGCAGAUGCUAGUUUAAUUGUAGAAAGGAACAGUAUUCAUGCACCUAGCCAUUACUUCUGCCCAAUCCUUCAGGAUGUAAUGGAUGAUCCACACAUUGCGCCCGAUGGUUUUACUUAUGAGCUUCGAGCGAUCAAGGCAUGGCUCGAGAGACAUAAUGUAUCACCAGUAACAAAGCUUCGGCUGCAGCAUACAACGCUUAUUCCAAACCAUACAUUACGUUCUGCGAUACAAGAAUGGAGGUCACGUAUAACAUCUGUGUCUGAGUAGUACAACGAUUGCUGUAUAGAAAUUGACGGAAGCAGUUUAGUUCACAAAGCUAGGUUUGACUCGGGACUUCAAGCAUUCUUGGAACAAUUUCUAUGUAAAUUCUAGUAUGUGGUGUAUAUCUUAAAGAUAACUAUAGUGAAUAUUAUGCUUCUCUGUAAAAAGAUUGUUAAGUUACAAAUUGUUUGGAAGAUGGAAGUUUCUUCUUCAUACUGACUGCAAGUUUUUCAGUGAGUGUUGGACCUGUUGAUA